UCUGUGCUUGACAAGUGACAACACUGCGAGGGGGAAGUCAAGUCAAACUCCUACGGCUGCAAUUUUUGAUUUUUUUUGACGUGUGAACUGUGAAAUCGAAUAAAUUAAAUAUGCCCUAGUUCUUCCUUAAAUAAAUCGUUUCAUAAACAUUAUUUAAGAUUAUUUAAAACCGUAACACCUUCUUAAGCGAUUAAUCAAUCCUUAACACUUGUUGCUCUUGGCAAACCCUCAAAUCAACAUAAACUUUGCCAAUAUUUACAUUUUAAAUUGCAAUUGUGCUUUAAAUUCUUCCAAAAUAAUGCGAAAAUCUCCAGUUACUGUCCAGCAGUGGGUCGACUCGCUUCCUCCUUCCAAUACCAGGUCAAUUAUUCACGAAAAUAAUCCACACAAUUGCCACUCUCCGAAACUGAUUCGAGGCGUCCUAGCUAGAGAUGCGUCCAUUCAGUCGGACGAGAUCAGUUUGUGUUCGAGUUUAGAAAGUAUGUUAGAGUUACGUCGGCCCGAUCCCGAAGCAGUAUUGUUGGGGCUGGGUUUCGGGCCAUCGCAAAACGACAAAUCUGUAUCACGCAUUCCACAACGAUUCUUAAAUCCUUCCAAGUUACUUACAAAUAUAGACCUUCAAAAAUUUUUGGAACGCCAAGGCGAGCAGCCUAUCCAAGAGGGGAGUCAAUAUAAUUCUUUACAAAAUUCUCCUGCACGCCAGCAGCCAUCAAAAGCUACUUAAUUACUAUACAUCCAGAAGAUCUUUUUUAUAGUAGGUACUGUGAUAUAUUUAGAUUAUUAGUGAAACAUAUUUUUGAAAAUUUUAUUCUCUAUUAGAGUACAUAUCCAUGACAUGAAAAGUAUUAAGCUAAAAGGGGUCCAGUGAAUUAAUUCUUUAUUGUAUUAGAUUAAUCUACUCUUUAAAUGUAAAAAUAUGUGCCUCUAAUGAUGAAAGUGGAUAAUGAUAAUUUUAAAUGUAUCUAAUUGCUUAAGGAAAGGGUAUCUAAUGAACUAAAUGGCACCAAGCUAGACUUACAAUAUAAUGGCGUAUUCGUAGAUUAAGAGCUCAUUGAACCUCUUCCAAGUUUCCAGUGUAAUAUCGAACAGAAAUUAUAAACAUUUAUAAACAAACACACUUAUAAUACUCUUACUCUUAAUGUGCAACACUUGUAUGAUUUUGUGUGUAAAUUCCAUAUAUUUGGUUAAGAGUGUUUUAAUAAAAAUGAUAAUUUUUCUAA